GCCAGCAGUUCCAGCCCGUUGCUUUACUUUUUAGCUGCACCAACGUAGUCAUUAUGCCGAAGAGAAAGUCUCCAGAGAAUCCAGAGGGCAAGGAUGGAUCCAAAGUAACUAAACAGGAGCCCUCCAGACGGUCUGCCAGGUUGUCAGCGAAACCUGCUCCCCCAAAACCUGAAUCUAAACCAAGGAAAACAUCUGCUAAGGCCCUUAUCCUAUGCAUAGAUCCUCACAUUAGCCCUACUGAGAAAGAACUGGCAACAAAGGUUAAUAAAGGUGCUAAAGGGAAGAAGGAGGAAAAGCAAGAAGCUGGAAAGGAAGGCACAGAAAACUGAAUCUGUAAAUGAGGGAGAAUGAAUUGUCAUGAAAAUUGGGGUUGAUUUUAUGUACCUGUUGGGACAACUUUUAAAAGCUAUUUUU